AUGGCAGCCUCCAGCCCAACACAAGUUCUGGAUCUGUACCCAGCAAUGCUGAAGAAGAGCAAGCACUUCAUCACCUACAACUACAGAACUUACACCAUCAGAAGGAUAUGAGUUGCCUUCAGAGAAAACAAGAAUGUAGAGGAUCCUAUAAAAAUUCAAGCCCUAAUGAACAAAGCCAAAAGAGACAUUAGAAUAAGUCUGCCAACAGGUCAUACUGGCCAACUGUAUUCAACUGACAAUCUUGUCACUGAGAAUCAAGAGAAGUCCAGGCUCUAG